AUGAAGCUCACGGACGGAGCGCCUUCUGCCCAAGUGGGCAUGAUGGGUUUUUCUCCUAUGCCCAAGACCCCGCCAAAGCCGCUCCAAUCUCGCCCUAUACCCGAGUGCGGACUCUCGCCCGACAGCCGAGCUGGGGUGGGGAUGAGGCGAGGUUGCGGCAGCGCAGGUAGUAGCACAGUAAGCAGUAGCACGAGCGGCCCUGGGGCUCGCGGCGGUGCGACGGGGCGCAGCAGCUCGGGAACUCCGUCAAUGCGUUCUUCUGUAGCCCGUCGUGUCAGUACUCCCGUAUCGCGUCCACUGUUGAGCCUUGGGGGGCUGUUAGGCAGCAAUUCAUUUCACACGGAGUACCGCGAGCAAAUGAGCCCUUCCUGGUGGCUGGGCGCCGCUGCCUGCAGCUCCUGUUGGCUGCAGCUUUCGCCUCCUCCUGAAGUCAUGGAGCUUGUCGAGAAAAAGAAGCUGACGGAGCAGUUCAAGACUGUUGAAGGCCUCAUUGACAGAGCCAGAAAUCGGAAGGGAGAAGUUCAGGCGCAGCCACCCCCCCGCCACGCGAAUUGCAUCGUGAACCCUGUUAAUUUGUGGUUGCGUUUUUUGACGCUUUCACCUCCGCUGUACGCAGCGCACGCGCCGAUGGCUGCGGUGUCACCGAAAACGCCUCAGACGGGUGAGCAUUCGGGGGGGGAUUCGGGCUGGGCACAGCCGCAAGAGACAGGAGAGGUUCAGGAGUACUGUUUGGGCAGCCCUGGGGAGCAGUUCUUGCCCAUUCUGUUCGAGGACUCGGGGGGCGCGGCGGAGUGUGUGCCGCCUGAGGAGCUGAUUACGUUUGAAGAAGACGCCCUGAGAGAAGUAGCCUCCCACAUCGAGGCCAAGCUCGCUCAUGCACUCAGCUGCAUGGUCCUGGCUGCGGCGGCCCGCACCAAAGCCGCAGCAGCGCAUGCGCAAUCGCAGCGGGCAGGGAAGGGCUCCAGCAGCGCCCCAGCUGCGUCACCAACCUUGCCCGGAACCACCCCAGUGGACCCGUCAGUAGAAGAGGAGCCCGAAGGUCCAGGAGGAAGUCCUACUGCAAUUUCGGCCGGCAGGCGCAGCGGCCCGAAGCGGCGUCGACCCAGUUUAACAGCAGCCAGACGGGGCUCCCGUUCUUCUUCUCCCCUGCGGGUAGGGCGUAGCAGCAGUCCGGCACACAAACCCCGCACCGCAGUUAGCGCUGCAGCCCCUGGGGCUCCGGGAAGCCCGACAACCUCCGCGGCUGUGAGGUGUCCUAAAGUGGAAGAUCCUUCGGCAGCCGCACGGGCAGAGGAAGCCCCUAAAGCACCUGAGGCGCCGGAUAACGACGGUGUUUUAAUUGAACUGGAGGAUCUCUUCGCAACAUACGGGCCAUCCCCGUCACUGCUGCGCCACCCAAACUGCUUUCAAAAGACCCCUGACCUGCUACGUCAGCAGCUCUACUGA